UGUUUUCUUCCCUCCAGUCUCCCGGCUGCAGGCGGAGCGCGAUGCGCGGAGACCCCCGCGGGGGCAGCGGUGGCGGCCGCGAGCCCCGAUGAGGCCGGAGCGCCCCCGGCCGCGCGGCAGCGCCCCCGGCCCGAUGGAGGUCCCGGUCCGCAAUGACUCCCUGCAGCCCACGCUGACCCCGGCCGUGCCCCCCUACGUGAAGCUCGGCCUCACGGUCGUCUACACCGUGUUCUACGCGCUGCUCUUCGUGUUCAUCUACGUGCAGCUCUGGCUGGUGCUGCGCUACCGCCACAAGCGCCUCAGCUACCAGAGCGUCUUCCUCUUCCUCUGCCUCUUCUGGGCCUCCCUGCGCACCGUGCUCUUUUCCUUCUACUUCAAAGACUUCGUGGCGGCCAAUUCGCUCAGCCCCUUCGUCUUCUGGCUGCUCUACUGCUUCCCGGUGUGCCUCCAGUUCUUCACGCUCACGCUGAUGAACCUGUACUUCACGCAGGUGAUUUUCAAAGCCAAGUCAAAAUAUUCUCCAGAAUUACUCAAAUACCGGUUGCCCCUCUACCUGGCCUCGCUCUUCAUCAGCCUCGUUUUCCUGUUGGUGAAUUUAACCUGUGCCGUGCUGGUGAAGACGGGAAAUUGGGAGAGGAAAGUCAUCGUCUCCGUGCGAGUGGCCAUUAACGACACGCUCUUCGUGCUGUGCGCCGUCUCUCUCUCCAUCUGUCUCUACAAAAUCUCCAAGAUGUCCCUGGCCAACAUCUACUUGGAGUCUAAGGGCUCCUCCGUGUGUCAAGUGACCGCCAUCGGUGUCACCGUGAUACUGCUUUACACCUCUCGGGCCUGCUACAACCUGUUCAUCUUAUCAUUCUCUCAGAACAAGAACGUCCAUUCCUUUGACUACGACUGGUACAAUGUGUCAGACCAGGCAGAUUUGAAGAAUCAGCUGGGAGAUGCCGGAUAUGUGCUAUUUGGAGUGGUGCUUUUUGUUUGGGAACUCCUACCUACCACCUUAGUAGUGUACUUCUUCCGAGUUAGAAACCCUGCAAAGGACCUUACCAACCCUGGAAUAGUUCCCAGCCAUGGAUUCAGUCCCAGAUCUUAUUUCUUUGACAACCCUCGAAGAUAUGACAGUGAUGAUGAUCUUGCCUGGAAUAUUGCCCCUCAGGGACUUCAGGGAAGUUUUGCUCCAGACUACUAUGAUUGGGGACAACAAACUAACAGCUUCCUGGCACAAGCAGGAACUUUGCAACAAGACUCAACUUUGGAUCCUGACAAACCAAGCCAUGGGUAGCAUCAGUUAACAGUUAUGGAUGAUUCCUCAGUUGAAAAGCUUCAGAAAGACAACUUACUGACAGCUGAAUUUUUAGGGCACUUUUCCUUAAGAAAUAGGACUUGAUUUUUAUUUGUUACAGGUUUCUAAUGGCUCUAUAGGACUAAGCAAUAAUUUAGAUUUGAUAAACUCUUAUUUUAGUACUAAAAAGUGAGCCUGGGUAUUUCAGUGGGUAUAAUUUAAACUUUUUAAAGAAAAUCCAUACUUUUAUAAAGAUAUAUUUUAUAUAACUUAAGUAAUAAUGCUAAAGUAUACUAGGGUUUUUUCUUGAGAAUGUUAUUGCAAUAUAUGUUGCAGUUUGCACAGAAUUUAUGCAUAAUUCACUUUACAAGUAUCGAAUAUAUGGUCUAAUAGUU